AUGAGUCAAAAUCUUGUGGAAGAAUUCCGUACCAGGCUGGACGAGCCAUUGAUCCUCGCAAUAACGAGUGAAUAUGAUCUCACAAACCCACAGUCACUCAAAGAAGUUCGAAACAUCCUGCUAGAGUUAGCCUCGGGUUCCAUAUCAAACGAAGUUUCGGAACCACCCGCGAAUGGGUUGACCGCAGACGCCAAUGGCUACGCAACUGAUAACUCUACGGAGCCGACAAGCAGCUACAUGGCAUUAAAUCCAGAGCUGUCGGGGACCGAGCAAUCCUUAGGUGGCUGCUGUAGCCAGGGCGAAGAUGUGGGUGGCGAUUUCGCACCCACGAGCCCUCAAAUUGGUGCGCAACGUCGCGCAACGGAUGAUUCAAAAAUCGCCGAACUCGUCUCCAUGUUCCCCGGGCUAGGACUUGAUAAGAUUCAAGGCGCGUUGGAUCGGUCCAUUGGAGAUGUUUCCGGUGCCAUGGACGAGCUCCUUGCCCUGCCCUAUGUUGAACCGCCGGAACAAAAGAAGCCCGCUAUCGACGCAUUCUUCCGGCCUAGUGACGACGACGCCUCUUGCUCUCCUACCAAGAAUAAACGGAAAAAGAAAGGCAAAGGAGGUCACCGGGCAAGAAUUCUUACUAUGAAAGAGGGCGCCCUUAGUGAAAGAGCCGUCAAUGAAAUCAUGUUCAUCAGCGAGCGCCUUGACAUACCAUACGAUAUGGCGAUGGAGACUUAUCGCGACAAUAACUGCUCACAGGUGGUUGCCAUAAUCGCUAUUCUUGAUGAAUACAUCGAUCAGGGGUCGAGGCACAGGGUGAAGCCGAGCUGUCUCAACUCCGUGAUCUGA